AUGUCCAGGUCGCGGGGGUCUGCCGAGCCAUCCAACAGAGGUUCAAGGAACCGGCGACGCAGUCCCUCUGAGAACAGUGUUGGCCGAGGCCGCUGCGCAGGUGGUAAGGGAAGUUCAUCAAGCCACACUCGGGAGCAGUUGAGCACCGAUCGCCCACCAGCUCGGAGGGACCACUUCAACUCGUUCGAUUUGGGUAAGGAUCCUGGAAAUGAGACCAGGACUGUGCUCCACUUCAUGGAGCGAACACUGAGAAGAUCCAGCAAUUUGGGCAUUCACUACAAGAUGGAGAAGGUUCAAUGCACCCUGACCGUCAAGUUCGUCGAUGGCGGCUUCCGCUAUGAUUAUCUUGACCGACCGUUCAAGAGGCAAGGCGAUUGGCGGCGAUAG